GCCGCGGGCAGCCGGGAGCGCCUGCCCCGCACCGCCACGCAGCGCACGGCCGCCGUGAGUGCUCGGGGCUGCGAGGGGAGAACCGGGUGCGGGGGAGAGCACGGGCUUGUCCCUAGCCGGGUCGGAUGCCGCUCGCAGCUGCGGUGCCGCACGAUGGGCUCCGGUGCUGCUCUCCAGUUACGGCUUCCUGCCGGGGUGGUCCCGGGAAGGAGCUGACGGAUGGACGGACGCGAACGAAAAGCCCCGGGGAUUACGAGCCUGGAGGGAUCAGCCCUCUCCGCGUCCGGCUGGGGCUGGCGGGACCCCGGGGGCUGCGCUCCCGCCGGGGCAUCGCCCGCCACGCUCCGUGUGUCCGCAGGGCGCGGAGGAUGCGGCGGGAGGGAGCGCCCGCACCAGGACGCGCCGUCGCUGAGGCACGCCGAGGAUGAGGCCGCCCCUGGCGCUGCUGGCCCUGGCCGCCCUGGGGGCCGCCGCCGGCGGCGCGGAGCGGGAGGCGGCGGAGGAGGCGCGGGCGGGGCGGUUCUCCACGCCGGAGCGGCACCGGUGCCGCUGGGAGCUGCGCUCGGCGGCGGGGGCCAGCGAGCUGCGGCUGAGCUGCCGGGCGGCGGGCGGCGGGGCGGCGCGGAGCUGCGCCUACCGCGGGGAGCCGCGGCGCUGCCCGGCCUUCGGCGCCCGCAGCCGCCACUACUGGCGGCAGGUCCUGUCCCGGCUGCGGCGGCGGCGAAACCCCUGCGCCCCGGGAGCGCCGCUCAGCGCCCGCCCCUGCGGCCCGGGCCGGGCCCCGCCCGAGGCACUGCUGCGCCUCCUGCCCGAGCCCGGCCCGGCCACGCCGGCCCCCGGCCCGGAGCCCUCCGAGGACCCGGCGCAGACGUACUGCGCCGAGCGGUGGCACUCGCUGUGCAGCUUCUUCGUCGGCUUCUGGGAGGGCUGAGCCGCUCCGGGCCGCGGGAGGGAGCGGGGCCGCCCGGGCUCCGCACCCCGACACUGCCGGCCCCGCCUGCCCUCGGCCACCACCACCGGUGCCCCCAGACCCUGUCCGCUCUCCUCUUCUACUCCCCAAUAAAGCGGUAACUGUUUC